GCCACCCCGCGGCUCCCAGUGCGCCCACCACAGGCACUCGCUGCCAAGGGCCCGGCCUCUGCCUGCCCGGUGCCAUGGACUGACUGGCAGUGCACGCCCAAGGGGCUUCUCUUUCCCCAGAGCUGCAGGGCCCAGCGAGCCGUGGGGUCCACCAUGCUGGCACUGUGCAGUGGCUCCGAGCAGAAGACCAGGCUGGGCGGGCCGUGGAGAGCCUCCUGGAUCACCUGCUGGAUCGCCCUGUGCACUGCUGAGGCCCUCCCCACCUGCCCUUUCUCCUGUAAAUGUGACAGCCGCAGCCUGGAGGUGGACUGCAGCGGCCUGGGCCUCACCACGGUGCCCCCGGACGUGCCCGCCGCCACCCGAACCCUCUUGCUCUUGAACAAUAAGCUGAGCACCCUGCCAAGCUGGGCCUUCGCCAACCUGUCCAGCCUGCAGCGGCUGGACCUGUCCAACAACUUCCUGGACCAGCUGCCCCGCUCCGUCUUCGAGGACCUGACCAAUCUGACGGAGCUGCAGCUCCGCAACAACAGCAUCAGGACCCUGGACAGGGACCUGCUGCAGCACGCGCCGCUGCUGCGCCACCUGGACCUGUCCAUCAACGGCCUGGCCCAGCUGCCCCCUGGCCUCUUCGAUGGACUCCCGGCUCUGCGCUCCCUCUCCCUUCGCUCUAACCGCCUGCAGAGCCUGGACCGGCUGACGUUUGAGCCCCUGGCGAGCCUGCAGCUGCUGCAGGUGGGAGACAACCCCUGGGAGUGCGACUGUAACCUGCGUGAGUUCAAGCACUGGAUGGAGUGGUUCUCCUAUCGAGGGGGCCGCCUGGACCAGCUCGCCUGCACGCUGCCCAAGGAGCUGAGGGGGAAAGACAUGCGCGUGGUCCCCAUGGAGAUGUUCAACUACUGCUCGCAGCUGGACGACGAGAACAGCUCAGCCGGCAUGGACGUCCCGGGGCCACCCUGCACCAAGGCCAGCCCGGAGCCUCCUAAGCCCAAGCCGGGGGCGGAGCCGGAGCCCGAGCCCAGCACAGCUUGCCCUCAGAAGCAGCGGCACCGGCCCGCGAGCGUGCGGCGCGCCAUCGGCACGGUGAUCAUCGCCGCGGUCGUCUGCGGCGUCGUGUGCAUCAUGAUGGUGGUGGCGGCUGCCUACGGCUGCAUCUACGCCUCGCUCAUGGCCAAGUACCACCGCGAGCUCAAGAAGCGCCAGCCGCUGAUGGGAGAUCCGGAGGGCGAGCCCGAAGAUCAGAAGCAGAUCUCCUCCGUGGCCUGAGCGGCAUCCCUACCCGACCCAGGUAGGAAGGGCAGGAGGAACGCGCAGGCCCCGCCUCCCCAGCCCCACGUCCUCCCCACCCGUGGUGCACUGGCGCAGCAUCGGUCUCCACGAACUUCAAGCCUCCCUGGAGCCGCCGAGCGAAGAAGGCUCCUACUGGUGCCUCUCACUGGGCCACCAACUCUCUGGAGUUCCCGGGGCCUGUUCCUAAGCUUUUGGCACGGGGAAGACGGCACGCGUGCCCCCACAGGAGCUUCCGGGCGCCGAGCACCCCUGUGGCCUUUCCUCCGGGGGUCCUCACAGCUGGGCGACUGGUCCCCACGUCGUCCGCACUUGGGGGGGUGGGGGCUGUGAAGUGGGGCCAGGGGCAGGUUCUCUGACCUCCCCUAAGGCCGGAGGCUUGCUCUUGGCGCCCUGCGGGGGAAGGCCAGGGCCGCUCCGCACUUGGCACUUGGACACGCGACGGGACGCGCUGCACUCCUCUAACUUGUUGCCUGGCGCCACCGUGUCCGCCACAGAGCACACUGCUCCCGGAGCCUCCAGCUCGCCCUCGCCGGCACAGUUGCCCAGGUGCGUGCGCGCGCGCACACACACGCACACACACACGCACACACACGCGCACACACACCCACAGCACGCAGCCACCCAGGCCGGAGCCGCGGGUCUCUGCCCCAGGCGCGGAGCCUCCCGCGCUCACCGAGGUCCCCUCCGCCAGCAGGGGGAGGAGCCAACCGUAAAGUGGGCCAGAGCAGAGCUGCGGAGACUGCGGUCGCCGUGGCAACACGCUCACGCCUCCCCUGGGCUUUCCAGGGAGGCCUGGAAGCUGCAAGCUGUGCGGACGGACGGCAGUCCCUGGAGCCCAGCCUCCAGCCACUGGGUGUUUCCUCGGCCCCGCCCCGUGCCUCCCCAGGUCGGGCCCUGGGGGACACCCCCCAGUUACACUCCCUGGAGCCUGCAGCCUCAGCACCGCUGCCCUGUAGCUCUCAGCCCCCUAGCGUCUGCAGCUUCUGGCCUGGGAUCUCAGGGCUGAGACCGGGUCGUGCAAGGUGACCUACGCCCUCCUGGAGGGAGGCAGGUGGUGAGCAGAGAGACGCGGCCCAGACAGACUCCCGAGCAGGCACCAGGCAGCCGCGUUCUGUCUAGAGACUUCCACCAUGCGCUUCCUUUCCCCUGGGUGUUGUCCGCGCAGCCCGGCUCCCCAGGACUAUGGGCUGCAUCUGCACCAGGGUCCAAACCAGCUUGUGGGCGGGGGCUCUGUUUGGGGCAGAGAUACUGCCUCCAGGGACUCUUCCUAGUUGUAGCCCCUCCGCGUGAGUCUGAUGUGAGUACCCGGGGAGUCCCCAGGUCUCCCUCUGCUGGGCACUGGCUUUCUCGUGCUUAGAGGGGGCCAGGAGGCGCCAGGCUGGCUUCUGGUUCUGACCGGGGUCUUGGUAGCACAGGGAGAGGACCAGACAGACACGGCGGGCGGGGGUCUGUGAAGGGUGUCAGGGCAGAACGGGGCGCCCUUUGUGGUGGCAGGGGUGCCUUUGAGGUCAUUCCCCAGGCGGUGUCUGGGGCUCUCUGGGGCAUAGGCUGCUCAUCGGGAUCACAGACUCCCCUAGAUGGGGGCACUGUCUCCCUUCUUUUGGAUUGAGAGCUGACCCCAGGAUUGGAGAUUUUCUCAAGGGAAAGGGGAAGGGAGGGUACUGUCACUGGUGGUAUCUUUAGCCUGAGACAGCAGAUUUUUAAAGGCAAAAUU